AUGUUAACAAAUAAUAGAUUUCACUGUCCUACUUCACUAAACAUAAACAGAGAAACAACAAAUUCAUCAUCUUUGAUUGUUGGCCGGCAAGAGGAGCAACAAACAGAAGUUGAAGCUAAUAAUGUAAUAUUUAAAUAUGUUUUUAUACAAAACGAUGCAGCAAUGCAGGUAGCAGCUCAACAAUUCAUGCUUAAUGGGUAUGCUGCUGCCCGUACUCCUUUUGCCAUACAGGAAUUGUUAGGCUUGGUUGCGACAAAUUGUGAUCCACUAACUGCCAAUCAAAUCCAAAAUUCCUCCUCAUCAACGACAUCAGCAACUAGUAGCUGUUUUCUUCCCUUUCCCUCAACAACUUCUUCAUCUCUUUAUUGCCAAUCAUCAGCGUUUAUUGAUCAACAGCAAGCCCUUUUUCAAGGGCUAGAAUUAAUGCCUGGAAUGCAGGAAUUUAACGGAGCUGUAGAUUAUGCUGCUGGAUGUUUGUUACUUGGUGGGGGAGGAGGUGGAAAUGUUGGGGGAGAGGAAAACUAUGGAAACGGAAAUCCAUUUUUACGAAGUUUUUACCCUCCUCUCAACCCCCAACAACAACAAACAAUUUAUAACAAUGAGGAUAUUGCUUGUUUCGGAUCAAAUGAAUUGUCGACAACCUCAACAACUCAGAAUAUUUUAUUUGGUACCCGAACACAACAAAAAUAUACAAAAUCCUCAAAUGAUAUUAAAAAACAUGUAAAUAAAUUAACAACAAAUAAUUUACAGGAAACACAGGGGAUUUGUGUUAAAAAGAAAAGAAAGAGAAGACACCGUACUAUUUUCUCACAAGAACAAAUAUGUAAGUACUUAGAAAGAUAUUGA